CAAUGGGUCAGAACUCUUUAACACUAGGCCGUUCUGCCCCCGACUUUAGGGAAACCAAAGAGAUUCUCUGAGUUCCACAGCCAGCUCAAAACAGUGUGAGGAGUGGGCACUAUGUCUGAGGGAACUUACCAGCGCCUCUGGGAGGCCUCCCAUGUGACCCUGCAGGAGCUGCUGGACCAAGAGCAGCCCCUGCUGGAAGCUGUGCCCAACCGGGACCGGCAGUCCUUCCAGUAUAGACUCUCAGUGUUCUACCUGUACUACCUGGGGCUGCUGCGCCGUUUCGACACCAUCUAUGACCAGAUGGUUCAGCCACAGAAGCGCCGGUUGCUGCGGCGGCUGCUGGAUGGCGUGGCGGGUCGUGUCCUGGAGAUCAAGGAUGAGCUGGUUCGUGUUGACCUAUGUGAGACCCACUGCCUGGACCGCGUGCUACAGGAUCUCAAGCUGACCCCAGCAGACUUGGAGGUUCCAAUCCCCAAAUACUUCCAGCUGGAGCAGUCCGCGGCCAUGAAGGAGCGCAAGCUGAUCCUGGCUGAGAUCCUGUCCAGAAUGGAGCCAGAGCACCCCACGGAGACCGUCACAGGAAUCAACCGGACUGACGCCAUAAUUCUAAUACAAACUUCUGAGCGAGCCAGGCAAGGCCGCCUCAGAGCCACCUUCAUGCGAGAGAUCCAGAGAGAGGAGGAGCGGGAUCGGAAGAUUCGGGAGGAAGGGCAUCCGAGGUUCACUCAGGACCAGAGUGCUGUCAUUAUACAGAAGGUAUGGAAAGGCUAUCAGCAGAGGAAACGCACCCAGCAGGACCGGCUGGCAGAGAUGGAGUUCAUCGGCAUGCUCCCCUCCACCAACCAGGCGGAGCGCUUUCGAAUCAUGUCCCGGGCCAAACUCAGGGAGGAAACGCGGAGGUUGCGCCAGGUGGAAAAGGAGGAGCAGUUUCGGCUGGCCAUGGAGAAGACCCACGAGGCUCUCAGAGAGGUGGAAGGGCCUGACCUGAAGGAGAAAAUGAAGGACCAAAUCCGACAGUGGUUUAUUGAGUGCCAUGCCCUUACUGGUCGGUUCCCUGAUUAUCCAGAGGAGUCUCUAGGAGGAUCCUACCUGAUCUUUGCAGACAAGACUCCAGAGCAGGUGAAACUAGAACUGGAGAUUCAGACUCAGGAGAGCAAAAAGAAGGAGCAAGAGAAGAAUAAGAAAAAGGAAACAGAACAGCCUACACCAGAGAAGAAUAAGAAGAAAGAGAAGGAGAAAAAGGCCAGGGUGGAAGCUGAUAUGACGCUGAAAAUGUUGCCAUCCAAGUUUAUACCCAUCAUUGGUGCUGGACACAAGGAGUACAAAAAUCUGUGGCAGAACCGACCUGAGAGCAAACACCCAGACCAGAACUUUGACUCUGAGACCCUCCAGAAGGAAAAGAGGAAGGAAGUGGAGCUGGAGAUCCGGAUUCAGGUGGACGAGCUGAUGCGUCAGGAGCUGAAGAACUUGCGUCUGGCUGUGGACAAGGAGGAGGAGAGACCCUUGAAAUCUCCAAAGAAAAAGCCUGGUACUAAAAUUGGGAAGAAGAAGGGAAAAGAUCUGACCCAAGACAGAACCGUGAACUCGCUGUAUGAAGAGCUUGUCUUUUUUGGCCUCCUAAAGAAGAGUGUGGCAGUGGCGUUGAAAGACUAUGUUGGUGACUGCCUCUAUCUUGGGUCUGCUCUGUGUUUGGCCAACAAGUUGCGCAUGCCCUCUCUGUUUGACAUAAGACAGAACGUGGCCUUGUAUGGCGUCCUUCGGCUGGGCUCCCCAGAUGUCCACUCCAUGGCUCCCCUCAUCCGCUCCAUCCUUCUGGUGGGCCCCUCGGGCAUGGGGAAGAAGAUGCUGGUGCAGGCUGUGUGCACAGAAACCGGUGCCAACCUGUUUGACCUGUCACCCAGCAACCUUCAGGGCAAAUAUCCUGGCAAGAGCGGGGCGCAGUUGAUGAUUCACAUGGUCUUCAAGGUGGCCCGGCUCCUGCAGCCCUCUGUGAUCUGGAUUGGAGAUGCUGAGAAGACUUUCUAUAAGAAGAUCCCCAAGGAAGAGAGGAAGAUGGAACCAAAGCGAAUAAAGAAGGACCUCACCAAGGCCUUGCGGCUGCUGAAUCCCGGAGACCGCGUGAUGCUCAUAGGGACCACAGACCGGCCACAGCUGGCUGAGAUACAGGGGCUGUGCCGGAUGUAUGAGCGGAUCCUCCUGGUGCCACGGCCGGAUUAUGCUUCUCGCUAUGUGCUCUGGAAGCACAUGAUAGAAGCCCGGGGAGCUCAGGUGACCCAGAGCCUGGACAUCAGUGCCCUAGCCAAGGUGUCCGAUGGCUAUACGACCGGUCACAUUUUCCAAGCCACCCACUCGGUGCUGAAUGAACGGCGGCUCCUGCAACUGUCCAAGAGGCCCCUGGUGGCCUCAGAGUUCUUGGGCCAUCUGGCGAAGCUAGAUCCAGUGUACAGGGAGGAGGAAGAGUCCCUGAAGGAGUGGUACUUCAAAACCCCAUUGGGCAAGAAGAGUUUGAAAUUUAUGAAGGACCAGGAGGCCGAGGAGGCCAAGCUGGCAAAGGAGAAGAAAAGGAAGUGAUAAUUGAGGCCCGAGGAGGCCUGAGAUGGGGGUGGGGACUGGGCAGUUCCCCGGGUGUGAAGGGACAGGGGUAUAAAUGCCAGGUGGCUGGGAAUGAGCUCUCUUGUCUGUCCAUCUCUGUGUCUUCCCUCCUCUGUCUGUCCUGCCCAAGGCCGGCCUCCUCCACCAGCCUCCUCUCCCAGCUCCCACUGAACCUGCUCCCUGGCUCCUUCCCUCUCUCUGCUCUGGCUUCUGGAUCCUGUUCGCAGCCUGCCCUGGGCCACCACCCCAUGUCUUCAUCUCUGUCAUUUUUCUGUGCUGGCUCCUAGCUCUCUGGCUCCUUAAGGUCCUUAAGGGACAAAAACUAGGAAGGAAACCGGGAAAGAGAGGGAGAAGGAAGAUUCACA